UGGAGUAUGUGUCCCGCUGGCAAAGAGCAAAAUAGGUGAAGGGCAAACCUGUGCAUGAGCAGCAACGAAGGAUGUGUUAAAUGCAGUUUCUCCUAAAUGGACCAUGCCCUGUGCUACAGAUAGUGACAAAAGAAAUGCUGGUUCUCCCAAAUAAUCUCCCAGCCCUUGCUCCACUUUAUCUGGUGGGUGUUUCACUGUUUCUCUCUCCCUCAGCCUCUCCUGCCAUCCGUGUUCUGGUACUACCUGCUGGAGCUCUCCUUCUACUGCUCGCUGGUCUUCACCCUGCCCUUUGAUGUGAAGAGGAAGAGUGCUCUAUAACACCUACUAUUACUCCAUGGAGAUAUUCCAGCCCUUCUUUGGAUACUACUUUGUGAAUGUUCUCCUGAUACCUCUGCAGCUGCUCCACGUCUUCUGGUCCUGCCUAAUUAUUCACAUGCUCUACAAGUUUGUCCUCCAGGGCACGGCAGCCAAUCCCCUGGCUCAGCACCCCAAAAGCAGCCCCAGCUCACCCGUCAGAGGCUGCAAACAAGGUUACCUCCAGAGACGCCAGUGCACUCGUCCCCACAGCCCUGAUCCUAGGAGAGCAGGAGACGCCGAGCUCUCAGGUGGGCACCCCUCGGGCACAUCUCCAGGCUGUCCCGCAGCAGCAGGCAGUGUCCUCAGCCCUGGGCUCGCUACAGGAAAGGCGGCUGAGGUUUCCCGCACCCCAGCUCUAUGAGGAUGCAUCCGGCUGUCAGGCAGCACUGCUCAGCACCCAGGCCCGUGUGGCAGAGCUGGAAAGCCAGGUCCGGACACUGGAGCUGGAGCAGGCGCAGCACAGACUGUUGCUGGAGAGUCUCCAGCAGCGGCACCGCGAGGACCUAGAACUCCUCGAGAGUGCCCACAGGAGCCGGGUGAAGGUGAUGGAGG